ACCCCCUCUGAGAGAGGAGACGGAGCAGAGAGGCGCACACGGAGUCACGGAGAAAAGACGGUUUCGGGAUCGCGGCUCUGUUCUCGCCCUCAAUCUGGGCCUAAUGCUGUAGCGGACAGCGCGCGAGGACAGCUCGAGCGAGAGACAACGCAGUGAUUGAGAGUCGGUGAGGGACAGGGCGGACCGGAGACGACGGGUUGUUCACUCGCCUUGGAAACAUGGGAUGUACGCUGAGCGCCGAGGAGCGCGCCGCUCUGGACCGGAGCAAGGCCAUCGAGAAAAACCUGAAGGAGGACGGGGUGACGGCCGCCAAGGACGUCAAGCUGCUGCUGCUCGGCGGCGGGGAGUCCGGGAAAAGCACCAUCGUCAAACAGAUGAAGAUUAUCCAUGAAGAUGGCUUUUCUGGGGAUGAUGUGAAGCAGUAUAAGCCUGUGGUCUACAGCAACACCAUCCAGAGCUUGGCGGCCAUCCUCCGAGCCAUGGACUCACUGGGCAUCGAGUUUGGAGACAAGGAUAGAAAAGCGGAUGCUAAGCUGGUGUGCGAUGUGGUCACUCGUAUGGAGGACACGGAGCCGUACUCUGCAGAGCUUCUCACUGCUAUGAAGCGCGUAUGGACCGAUGCCGGGACUCAGGAGUGCUUCAGCCGCGCCCGGGAAUACCAACUCAACGACUCUGCUCAAUACUACCUGGACAGUCUAGACCGGAUUGGGGCACCGGACUACCAGCCCACAGAGCAGGAUAUCCUGAGAACCCGUGUGAAGACUACUGGUAUCGUUGAAACCCACUUCACCUUCAAAAACCUCCAUUUCAGGCUGUUUGAUGUUGGGGGUCAGAGGUCAGAGAGGAAGAAGUGGAUCCACUGCUUUGAAGAUGUGACUGCCAUUAUCUUCUGUGUUGCUCUGAGCGGAUACGACCAGGUGCUCCACGAAGAUGAAACAACUAACCGCAUGCAUGAGUCACUCAUGCUCUUUGACUCCAUCUGUAACAACAAGUUCUUCAUCGACACCUCCAUCAUCCUCUUCCUCAACAAGAAGGAUCUGUUUGGUGAUAAGAUCAAGAAGUCACCGCUGACGAUCUGUUUUCCAGAAUACACAGGUGCUAAUACUUACGACGAUGCUACUGCAUAUAUUCAGGUUCAGUUUGAGAGUAAGAACCGCUCCCCCAAUAAGGAGAUCUACUGUCACCUGACCUGUGCCACAGACACAGGAAACAUCCAGGUAGUGUUUGAUGCUGUCACUGACAUCAUUAUUGCAAACAACCUUAGAGGGUGUGGCUUAUACUGAGGCCUGGCCAAGCACAGAGGUUGUCAUGGAGAGUAUGAGGUGUUAAUAAUGAUAAUUUUGAUGAUACUUAAACACAUAAAUAUGUAAUUCUACACGUCCAAAGGGACCCAAAGAGCUGCCGUCUGACACCACACUGGAUUAUUGCCAUGAUUUGUUCCCCUCCUCUCAUUUUGAUUUUAGUAUACAACCCCAGUUUUGUCUCAUAAAAUCGUGUUUUUGAACUGAAUGUUUCAUGUUUCGUUGAUGACUGUCAACAACUGGGAAGGUCAGAAGGGGCAGCACCAGGGUUGUAUUCAGCUGGAGCCUCGUUUUGCAAAAGCUCAGAAAUGCAACCCAGAGGAGAGUGCAAUGUCAGUUUUAACCACAGCGCGGACUACUGUCCCAUUCUUAAUGUGACGUUUUUAUGUGCAAGUCUCGAGGCAUUUAUAUCUGUACUGAAAAUAGCCUGUUGUGCUGCGUUUGAAGAGCUGCUGUUUGUAUGAAGGUGGAGAUGAUGUUGGGGAGGUGCUGUACUCGUGGCUGAGGGUCAUGGUUGGGAAAGAGGCUAUUUUAACUUUCAGAAGGGACAAAGCUUCCCUCUCCUUCAGACCCACACAUGACUGA